AUGAUCCAGCGAAGCUUAUGCUGGCUUGAGAAGCUUGUCAUUGUGGAGUCACCAAAUAAAGUGAUCAAAGUCGAGGGUCUUUUAAGUGAUCCUAGGGUCAUCCCAGACUGGUCCUUUAAGAAUGACAGACUUAAAGGGUUAGGUACUAGGCCUGAGAAAGCUAUCGCCAUGGCCACCACCGGGCAUUUUAUGUCACUGCAAGAGAUCAUAUGGACCCCACAUCACAUUACCACAAGACUACCAGAUGACAUUGACUUACCUAAAAACGGUGUUCUGGCGAACUUUGAACUGGAAUGGGAGAUCCUUUCAGGGCGACAUAUCCAAGAAGCAAUGUCGCAUAAUAUCAAAGAAAGAUCGGAUAACCUGACGGAAAUCAUAGUGGCCACGGACCCAGAUCGCGAAGGCGAGCUGAUUGCAGUUCAUGCGCUUAAUCUAAUUAAAAGAUUAUUUCCUGAUCUUAAUGUGCCGUUUACCCGGGCAUAUAUGCACAGCAUCACAGUUGACGGAAUACGCACUGCUAUGCAAGAGCGCCAGGAAUUGUUCGAUCACAACUUGGCAAACGCAGCUGAAGCGAGGCACACUAUGGAUCGUAUUUUCGGUUUCCUUGGCAGCUCCGUUGUGCGCUUCGCUAACUCACAGAUGCGCUCAAUUGGUCGUGUACAGACCCCAGCACUGAUUCUCAUCAACGAACGAGAAAAGAAAAUUACAAAAUUUAUUGAAACUCACAAGCCUGAGUUUCAGGUUCGGGCCAUGUGCACUUUUCCCUCUAGAAACGGCACGAGGUACUCGCAGCUGGUACAGAUCAAACCUGUGCAUCAGGACAAAAUGUCCACCACAGACUGGGAAAAUAAAAAAUCGGUUGAGCAGCUAUGUAGUAAAUGGAGGCUGAUGAGCUGCAGUGAUUUCCAGGUAAAAGGCACACCCAUAAUCAUUCCUACCGUCACCAAUCCCCCUGAACCAUUUACGAUGUCGACUUUGAUUGCAAAAGCCAAUCGGCAGCUGCACUUAAGUAGCGAAAAUGUGAACUCCUGCUUGCAAGAUCUGUUUCAAAUGGGGUAUAUUACUUACCCACGCACAGACAGUACGCGUAUUGAUGAGAGUGUCCUGUCAUCUAUCUAUGAGGCCAUCAAAAGCGAGUUCGGCAAGGAUAUGUUGUACACGCUUGAGGCCCGUACCUCCGAUGAGGGCCAAAGGGCUUCGAAGAGGGAUCAAGGGAAGCCGAACCGAAGAAGACAUGCUGUGGAAAAAGGUAAUGUCGAGGAUGCCCACGAGGCUAUCCGCCCAACCGAUAUCAACAUUAAAGCUGAUAAUUUGGGCAAGAGUAUUUCCACCAGCACAAGGCAGAUUUAUGAUCUGAUCUGUCGCAACACCAUAGCAGCAUUUAUGAUUCCCAUGAAAAAGGAACGCAUCACUGCACCAAUCCGUCUUACGGCAGGAAAUGGAGAAGCUCUAGAAUUUAAUCUGGAGGGAAAACACACCGUGGAGGCUGGUUGGUCUGUAGCUUUCCGCGUCGGUUCCGGUAAAGGAAGUCAAUCAAUCGCUGAUGCUCAGUUAGAUGCUGAAGCUAUCGAAAAUGGCAUUGCCGUGAUACCGAAUAUCUCGGAUGAAGAGUUCAAAGCCAUUUCCGAACUCAAAUCCCAGCUCGGUCGUAAAGGACCUAAUGAACUCAAGCUGGAGUCACCAUGUGUACAGGAAUACCAGGCUCCACCACCGCUGCCGUAUUCAGAGGGUGGUUUAAUUGAAGAGCUCAGAAAUAAUGGUGUUGGGCGUCCGAGUACGUACCCCAUGAUAGUAAAGACGCUUCUGGCGCGCAACUACAUUACUAUCAACAAGGGUCGUUGCGAGACGACACCAAUAGGUCGUCUGCUUGUAGAAACAUCAAAAUCUACUUUUCCUUCCAUUGUCAACAUUGGUUUUACGUCAUCGUUCGAAAAGAAACUUGACCUUAUCGCUAAGCCGGAGCAGAACAACAAAGCCUUUCUCAGUCAGUACCCUAACCUCACCGAAGCGGACUACGUUCUCUCCUCCUUUGUCUCUACUUUUCUCAACUACAUUACAGAGGCCACAAAGAAUCAACGCGCCUUGAUCGCUGAACGCUCACUCACUAUUAAGCGUGAGGAAUUGAUGAAAAAAGGACAAGCAGAGGACGAGGCAACGUUUGCCGAGACGCUCAAGCGAGAGAACCAAAAUGCCUUGGCUCAGGUUCCCGAUCUCAUUGAAUUUUGCAAGAACUAUCGUACUUUUACGGCUCUUCAAAACAGCUUGGGUGACUAUUUACGACGACACUUUCCGCUGAUGCCACCGGCGAAUUGGGCACCAAACAAGGAUGGCGUUGGUUCUUUUUCUCCAUUGAGCCGGGGUCCCUGCGCCUCUUCAACCUACACAUCCUACACAAAGUAUGCAGCAAAAAAGGUUGCGAAAAAAACUGCAUCACAACGCGUUAAGAAAGUAGCGAAAAGUAGAAAGUAA